UGCACGUUAGUUUAGUGACUGUGGUAUCCGGUUUAAAGACGUAAAAAGCACGAAAAACAGAGACCUUUACGCGAAAAAUAAACAGUAACAAUGGCCAGAAAUAGUGAGAAGGCUAUGACCACCUUGGCCAGGUGGAGAGCGGCCCAUCUGGAAGAUAAAACUAAGGACCAGGAAAGAAGACCCUACCUUGCAACAGAAUGUGACGAUUUGAGAAAGGCUGAGAAAUGGAGGCGACAAAUCAUCGGAGAAAUCUCCAGGAAGAUGGCGCAGAUUCAGAAUGCUGGUCUUGGAGAAUUCAAACUGAGAGAUCUGAAUGAUGAAAUCAACAAACUUUUACGUGAGAAGGGGCACUGGGAUGACCAGAUCAAGGUCCUUGGGGGUCCUGACUAUAAGAAAAUUGGACCCAAGAUGAUGGACCAUGAGGGGAAAGAAGUUCCCGGAAACAAAGGAUAUAAAUAUUUUGGUGCCACUAAAGAUCUCCCUGGCGUCAGGGAAUUAUUUCAACAAGAAGCACCUGCUCCUCUCAGGAAAACACGAGGGGAGUUGAUGAAGAAUAUAGAUGCAGAUUACUAUGGUUACAGGGAUGAAGAUGAUGGCCUCAUUGUGCCCUUGGAACAGGAGAUGGAGAAAAGAGUAAUGGCUCAGAAAAUAAAAGAAUGGAAAGAAAGAAAAGAGGCCAUUGCUCGAGGGGAAGUCUCUGGGGACACAGAAAUGGAGACAGAGGAGGAACCGUUAUAUCAGAAAGAAGUGUAUGUGGAUGAAGAGAUGAAGGCGCCGGAAGAAGAGAAAGCACCAGAGAUAGAACAUUUUAUUGCUCACGUACCGGUGCCAUCACAAAAAGAGAUUGAAGAGGCCCUGAUACAGAGAAAGAAGAUGGAGCUCCUACAGAAAUAUGUCAGUGAUGACCUACAAGCCGAGGAGGAGGAGUCUAAGAAGAUGUUAGGACUAUGAUUGACAGGGAUUUUUUUUUUAGUCAUAACUUAAAACUUGAGGAGGAGUCAAAGAAAAUAUUGGGAUUAUGAUUGGCAGAAAGAGGAGGAGUCAAAGAAAAUGUUAGGGUUAUGAUUGGCAGAGUGAAUUAUUUACAAAUCACCAACCAGCCUCCAAAUGGAAGAUAUUUACUGCUUGGAAAUAAGUUAUGAAGAAAUUCAAAAUAGGGAUAGGCAGCAAUUUAAUUACUACAAUAGUGAUCACCUCAUAAUUACUAUUGUAGUCAUUACCUCAUACUGUAAAUGUAUUACAUUUGGGUGUGUAUUCUAUUUAGCGCCUUUAGCGGAACGCAGCUUCCUCUAAAUCAAGUACAUCGCUAAAUGCCAUCCGUAAAUCUAGAUGUUUAAAGUAAUUCAGGAAUGCGCUAAAUCAAAUCUACGCUAACUUGUUGAAAAAACGAUUUCCACCAAAUAUCGUACACGCCAAAUAUAAUACGUUUACAGUAAUUACUGUGGUAAUGAUCACUUCAUUAUGCUACAUUCUAUUGUUUUGUUGUUAUGAUUACUUCAUACACAUGCAGCCAUGUCAAUGAUUACUUCUAAAGUGAAAUUGUAUGUUCAACUUAAUUUGAUGUGUUGUUGCACUGUACGAUAUUGUCAUUGAUGUUUUAUGCAAAUUUUAAAAUGGGACAAUUUCAAUUCAUUGUGUCACUGUACAUAUCAUCAGUCAAAAAUAAUAUUUAAAAAAAACCAAAAAACAAUCUGAAUAUAAAUAAACAUAUUAUAUUUUU